GCCAAAAAUGUCAAAACUGGGUCAGAAACACAGGAAAGAUGACCUGUCUUCACCUGCUUCUUCUGGAGCAGCAGUGUUCUACAUCUCUCAGCAGUUCAUAAGCCUCAUAGAGCAGCACUUCAUUAUACAGGUUCCAUGUGGCCUCCACGUAUAGAUUCCCAUUAAACAGUAUUAAAGCGCGUGCAGCGGCCUCUGCUGGUCGCUGAGGGAACUGCACGCGGACAAACAAAAAAAGGGGGCCGAAUAGAGGAGGAGGCGCGUGCGGCUCCUGCAGGCGGAGCUUCUUCCUCGCGCCCCCGUCGCGCUGUGUUUUCUGCUCGGCUCUGCUGGAGGAGAGGAGACGCGAGAACAUAAGAAGGAGAAGGAGGUCGGCCAGCGGCAGAUGUUGAUCAGGAGGAGCUUCAGCAGCUUCAGGAGCUUCAGCAGGCCGCGAGAACCGCCCCGAACCCAGCUGAGAUGUGGCAGCCCGCGAGCGAGAGACUGCAGCAUUUCCAGAACAUGCUGAAAACCAAACUGAAUGUUUUGACUCUACGGAAGGAUCCGCUGCCGACGGUGAUCUUCCAUGAGCCAGAAGCCAUCGAGCUCUGCUCCACCACUCCAAUCUCCAAAACCCGCACACACACCGGCUACAAGGUGACUUAUCUGGGCAAAGUGACAAUCUCUGGCACCCAGUUCCUGUCAGGCUGCACAGAAUCUGCUGUGGUGGGAUUAUGGGAUAUGAAGCGGUCGUCUAUCCCCCAGGGCGAUUCCAGUGCCUCUAGCAACGCCGUUCUGGAGAUCCGCCCUUUCCAGGUGCGUCUCCAUCACCUGGAUGGGCGGGGUGAGGCCACGAUUGCUAUGGACACGUUCCAGGUGGCUCGGAUUGCGUACUGCACAGCGGACCACGAAGUCAGCCCCAACGUGUUUGCGUGGAUUUACCGACAAAUUAACGACGACCUGACCUUCCAGAUGGACUGUCACGUCGUGGAGUGCGAGAGCAAGCUGGUGGCUAAAAAAAUUGCUCACUCCAUGAUGGAGGCCUUCAAGAAAACCUUCCACAGCAUGAGGAGCGACGGUCGCAUCCACAAGAGCGGGUCGUCGGACGAGUUCCCGGAGGAUUCCUCCACUCCCGACGACGGCUGAGAGGAAUAGUGAGGAGGUGUGGCCUAAUCAGAAGGGGUGUGGCCGGGAGAAUGGGUGGGGAUUAGUGGUGUCCCUCCUUUUUCUCUGUCUCUGCCCUUUCUUUCUGUCUUUCUGAUGAAGCAUUAAAAAUGUAAAGAAAAUUUUUAACAGUUUAUGGACAUUAAAAAUCCGAUUCUAGAUCAAGGGCAUUGUAGUCUAGAACACAGUCUCUGAAAUUCCAGAAAAGACCAUCAGAAGAAACAUCUAGAAGUUCUACCUGCCUUUUUUUUCUUCUUCUUUUUUUUAGAUCACAGCUGCCAGCUGCAUUGUGGCCAUCUUACUCGAGCACCGAAAGAGUCAUUUCUCAACUUUUUUAAGGUGUAGCACAUUUUUAGUGAACAAUGUUCUAGAUCAUUGUGAUGGAACUUUGCUUUGGAAUAUCACUUUGGAGCAUUGGUUUGGAAGAUCGUGAUUGAGGGUUGUUCUGAAACAUCACUAUAAAACAUUGCUCUAGAUGGCCAUCUUCAAAUACUGCUUUAGAAGAUCAUUACCAAUCUUUUUCUAAUGCGUCUUAGAAAUGUCUUAUUUCCAGAACAUCAUUGAGGACCUGGAUCUGAUCUGGAAGAUCAUUAUGGAACUGUGUUCUAGGUGAUUGUCUCAGAAUAACAUUGUGUAACAUUGCUUUAGAAGAUCAUGCUGGAACAUUGUAUUGCGGUGUUCUAGAACACAUAUCCUGAAACAAUGUUCUAGAACACUUACAGAAUGUUCCUUUUGAACACAGAUGUCCGAUAUUGGCCUAGAAUAUUAGAACAGUUUCCUGUUGGAGCUUUUUUUUUUUUUCCUGAUUGAGCUUUGUUCCAGAAGACCCUGAUCGACACUGAUCUACAGAAUCACAACAGGCACACUUUUUUCUGCAGUAUUGUGAUGGAACAUCAUUGUGGAACACUCUCUGGAGGAUUAUAAUGGGCCAUUGUUCUAAGGCAUUGUUAUGGAAUUGUGUUAGAACAUUGCUCUAGAAUAUUGUGUUGGAACUUUGUUCUAGAAGACCCUAAUCAACCCUUAUUCUAGAUCAUUGUGACAACUUUCUUUUCCUCAAAUUUUGUUUUGGGUGGUUGCAAUGGCACCUUGUUCUGGAACACUGUGGUGGAUGGAACGUCAUCUAUGAAAGUUUUUAAAAUGGGAAAAAAUGUUUAGGGUUGUUCUGGUUCAUUUUUCUAGAAGAUGAUGGUGAAUCUAGAAGCUCUUACCUAAAUGAAAGCUGCUGAGAGUUAUGGUCACUCUUUAAAGGGGUGGGCGUCUUCACCCUGUCUCCUCUCGUUCUCUUAAGCCAGUCACAGUGUUUGGGGGGGCGGGUUAAGGGGGUUAAUGUUUUUUUUUUAUAUUAAUGGGGGAGUUUAGUGCCUCUGAGUGAAAAACUGAGAUUAAUUUGAAUUUAUUUGGCUGUGUGUUAAAGGCAGCCGUUCCUCAAGCAUUCCCUCAGCUUUUACUAGACCAUAGAAAUGCCGCCUGUACUGAGUGAACAUCAGUUGAGAGUGUUUUUAGAACCCCAGAGGUCUGUGUGUGAUAUUUGUACUGUUUUAUCUGUUUGCAGACCAUGAGCCUUCUCAUAUCUUUACAGAACGGGUUAUCAACUUCAGUAUUAUCCAGUCUUGUCUGUGUGUGUUAUUGUGUGCGUGUGUGUGUGUGUGCGUGUUUGUGUUUGUGUGUGUGUGUGUGUGUGUGUGUGUGUGUGUGUGUGUGUGUGUGUGUGCGUGCGCGUGCGUGUGUGUGUGUGUGUGCGUGUGAGAGACCUUUCCACCCAGCUAGAUGAACAUGUAUCCAGAACCUGCAGGUACCCACUUACAGAUAAAGGUUCUUAAUACUUAAAGAACCCAUAUUAUGAUAAACAGAAUUGUCUGUUCCGUUUUCAUACGCAUAUUUUACACAAUUGUUGCCAAAGUCCCUAAAAUUGAACUUAGUCCAUAUAAAAACGAAGCUGAUUUAAAAUGCCAUAAAAAACAAUGAUGUAUUUACAUAUUAUUGCAAAGUAAAGUUCUUUAUAUGUUUAUAAACCUUCAAUAAAUAGGUUUCAGGACCCUGCAGGAAACACUUGGGAAGGACUUUGGAGAUGUUCUGUUGCUGAAUUGUAGGUGAAAGUAAAUCGAGUAUCUUCUUUGAGCAAGUUACAACACAUACAUUCUCAAAUUUAGCUAACAGCAGUUUAGUCCCACCCACUAAUUAGUAUAGUACCACUGCUUUUUAAAUAAGGCAGUACAAAGUUUUUUUUUGCACAAUACAUUAUCUAUUUUUGAAAAACCUGGUAUAAUUGUUUUAUUAGUUUAUUAGUUUAGCUAUAAAAUUAGUGUCCGACAGUAACUCAUUUUUUGUUGUUUUUAAGCCCCAACCACUAGAUGGCAGUGUUCUCUGCAUUCAGAUCCCACUGUUCUGAAUAAAAGUAAACUUUUAUUUUACUCAUAUUUUAUAAUGUAUAUAAUGUGUUUUUUUAAUAUAACUAAAAUUUGGUUUAAACAAUCGCAAUAUAUCGCCAUACUUGCAGUAUCGCAAUAUACUGCUAUAUAUUGAAUCGAAAACCCUGUAUCGUGAGUUCUAUCGAUUUCCCAAUACACAGCCCUAAUUUUGAUAUACAUUAUAAUUAUACAACAUUUACAGCGUCCGUCACCGACUGUUAUUAAUUAUAGGGCGUAAGACUAGCAAAUCAUUUUUUAAAAGAGAGAUUGUAGAUACAGAAUAAAUAUGCUGAUAUAAAUAUAGUGAUAUAAGUAUUUCUAAUUAAAAGUAUGCUCAUAUAAAUAUAGCAGUCCUCUUGGCUGAGUAUUAAAGUGACUUUUAUUUUUUAGUGGCUAAAAUGGUAAAUGUUGUUUAGGCAAUGAAAUAUAUCCUCCCAGAGCUGUCAGUAUUGAUUAUGUUAGUAAUCAUUUAGUAAGCAGUGAUCAAAAUUAUUUUGCUGAUGAUUAAAAAUAUUUUUUUUUAUUUUGUUGCUUUUAAGGCUGACCAGUAGACCAGAUUUAUUUCUGAGGCUAACUGGCAAUUAAUUUGCAGUCCAAGAUUUUUGGUUUAAGCGAAACUAAAAGAACUAGUAUAGGUUUCUUAUCUUAUAUGGAGGUUCUCAAGACUUGGCCUGUCACAAUAAUUUUGUUAUUAACUUAUCGUACAAUGUUUUGAACCUUAAUAUUUUUCCCAAUAGGUGUUGGAAUCAUGGGGCAUCUCACAAUACGAUACUGUGACAAUUUUCUAUAAUAAUUCACAGUAACUGUGUAACUGAAGAGGAUAAAAUACUCUUAAAUUAGUAAAUACAAGGAAUUAUGGAUUUAUUAGUGUAAGUUUUACAGAAUUUCAGUACUAUAAUUCUUCACUGGAGGUUUACCCUAUUCAUUAGAUUAGCGCUGCCAGUAAUGAGGCUGUAACUUUAAUAAAUCAAGUUGAGGGUGAGUGGGAUAUAGAGGCCUAUGUUUUAAUAAUAAUAUCAAUAUUUGAUGCCAUGUAACGAUAAUGAAUCGCAAAUCAAUAUUUUGUCCCACCCCUACUCAAGACUGCACCAAAAAAGGAGCAUCCACUGAAAGGUUCCCUGACCUGCAGGCUCUGGUCAUGUUGGCAAGCUUUUUUUGAAUCAUUUUUGCUGCUUUUGUAUUACUGGGGGAGUGGCAGAUUGGGGUCGCCGCCAGCCCUGCUUUAACUUGCCAUGUCAGCGGUCGUUCCAGAAGCUGCUCGUUGUGUUGUUGUUAUAUCAGUGCCAGAGGUUUGCGGGACCCCCAGAGACUGAGUGGUCCGUGAGAGUGCCUAUCUCUCCUGCAGUGCUGAAUGUAGGAUGCCAUGCUUUAAGCUCUGUAUCCCUGUAGGUACUGAACGUCUUGAUUGUUGUUUUUUUUAUUAUUAUUAUAACUCUGCUUUUAUGUGUUUUUUCUAUAUGUUUGUACUCGCAGGUCAUUCUGAGGCUGUGCAGAUGUUUUCUGUGCUUUUACACAUACCAUGUCAUCUGUUUUCUAGAGCAUUUGUGACAGUUCUGAACACCUCAGUCGAAAAAGAACCCCUUCUCACUGUCUAGAGUACUUUACGAUAGAAUUCAUAAUCAUUUAUUAGGCUUUUCUGUAAUACAGAACAUUUAUUUCACUUUUUGAUGAUGAUGGUUGAACCUUUAAGAAUCAUCUCCUGAUAUACUAGUGCAUUUCAAAAAUUAAAAUAUCACUGAAAAGUUCCUUCCUUUCAGUAAUUCAGUUCAAAAUGCGAAACAUGACUCUCUAAACCAUCACAGUUUGGACUGUGUGUCUCUCCACUCUUCCUCCAGACUCUGCUCCCUUGAUUUAUAAAUGAAAUGUUAAAUUUACUGAUGAUCAGUGAUGGUUUGGAGGGUCAUGUCAUCUGCUGGUGUUGAUCCACUGUGUUUUAUUAUCAAGUCUGAAAUCUUAGAGCACUUCAUGCUUCCCUCUGCUGAUAACUUUUAUAGAGAUGCAGAUUUCAUUUUCCAGCAGGACUUGGCACACUGCACACACUGUCAAAAAUACCAAUAUAAUAUUCUAAUUUUAAGAGAGACUGAUUUUUGGGUUUUGAUUGGCUGUAAGCCAUAAUCAUCAACAAUAAAAUAAAUAAACGUGUAAAAUAGAUCACUCUAUGUGUAAUACAUCUAUAUAAUAUAUGAGUUUCACAUUUUGAAUUGAGUUACUGAAAUAAAGUAUCUUUUUAAUGAUAAAUGAUCAUUUCAAUUAAACAUGGGCAAGACAAGUCAAAACCAUCAGGACAAAAGCAGAAAGGCAGCAGGUCAUCUUUAAUGUCUCCACUUAUAUAAACAUAGGUUCAUUUCUGAGAAUCAGUAUAGUCAAAAAGCAAAAAAUCCCAUUAUUCAAGCAGCCCUACACACCACCAUCAUCAAACUGUCCUCUUUUAUUAUUGUGUGUUUAAAUGUAGACACUUGAAUAUUGUUCAAAUGCUCCAGAAAACAGAGAGGUUGAUGUGCAAACACUCUUUAAGUCACCUUUUGUACAGUUCACUGUGGGGUUGUGUGUUUGUGUGUGAGAGAGCAUGAGAGAGAGAGAGUGUUUUUUUUUUUCUUUUUUUUUUUUCUUGGGUCAGUGUUAGCCUCUGUGCGUGCACACAUUGUGCCGGUCCCUCCAGAAGACCCGUGAAUUUUGAGACAGGACUGUGGAGCAGAAUUAACAUGAGAUCAGACCGAGUCUGAUUCUGAUUCUGUUCAAAUAGACUGAAUUCUGGCUCAGGAUGAAAUGGAUCAAAAAACUGGACUAGAUGACUGAACACUAGUGGAAUGCCCCGGGCGUCUAUAGAGAGAAAGAAAUCUAUAUAAAAUAUAUAUAUUAAAAAAGAUAUAUUCAUUGUAUUUGAAACUCAUUCAUUAAGCCUUUGUAAAUACAUACAAGUGUAUCAGUUCUCAUCUUCUCAGAUAUUACAGACAAAUGUUAAUAGAUAUUUUUUGAUUAAACCAGUUAACAUGGUUACGAAAUCAGUAUUGUGUCCGAAUCCGGCUGUGGUUGGUGUGGAGGACGAUUUGAGAAAUGUCAUAGAAUAAUUUUUUUUGUUCGUUUUUUUUUUUUUUUUUUUUUUUUUGUAAAACUAGGUGAACGUUCUCACUUCUUGUCCUAAUGGUUUGGGCUUUCAAUGUUUGGACGUUGUUAUUGUACGUGUUUUCUAUGCUGUACUUGCCAAGAUAAGUUCCAUCAAUCACAUAUAAACUAUCUACCAGUGGAA